GUGUGUUUGUAUGUGUAUGUAUGACUGUGUGUGUGUGUGGAAGAAACCCAGCAUCAGCAGGACCAGUACAAACCGCCUUGAUACACAUCAUCAGCUGACCCCCCUCCUCCUUUUUUCCUUCAGAAACAGCAAGCCCAUUCUCUCAGCCUACUCCACCUACUAAAUCAUCUGAACCGUCAGAGAAACAUUCUAAUACUGUACAUCCAUUCAUACUGCAAAGGCAAAAAAGGCAGGGGAGCAGUAAGAAAGAUAGACCCAGCAGUGCUACUACUGAUCAGAACGUUCUUGAAAAAUGCCUGACAUACCGGUAACACUACAGCACACUCCUCCAGAUGGAGACUGGGGAUGGGUUGUGGUCUUUGGUGCAUUUAUCUCAAUUGGAUUUUCAUAUGCAUUUCCUAAAGCAAUAACAGUAUUCUUCAAGGAAAUCCAAGAGAUAUUCCAUACUUCAUAUAGUGAAAUUGCUUGGAUAUCAUCAAUUAUGUUGGCUGUCAUGUAUGCAGGAGGUCCAAUCAGCAGCAUUCUGGUAAACAAAUAUGGAAGUCGUCCUGUGGUAAUAGGAGGAGGUGUCCUAUGCUCUUUAGCAAUGAUUUCUGCUUCUUUCUGCAACAGUGUCAUUCAGCUGUACAUCUGCAUUGGUGUUAUUGGUGGUUUUGGAUUAGCAUUUAAUCUUCAGCCGUCUUUAACAAUUAUCGGAAAGUAUUUUUUCAAAAAGCGCCCUAUUGCAAAUGGACUGGCCAUGGCUGGGAGUCCAGUUUUUUUAAGCACUUUGGCUCCACUGAAUCAGUUUCUUUUCAAUAAAUUUGGAUGGCGGGGUAGCUUUCUAAUCUUAGGAGGUCUUCUGUUAAACUGCUGCGUGGCUGGCUCCCUCAUGAGGCCCAUUGGACCAAAGCCUAUACAAAAAGAUGUUGAAAAAGCACCAAAGGAUGAUGAAAACCACAAGAAGAAAGAAUCUGUUUGCCAAAACAUUAACAAAUACUUAGAUUUAUCACUUUUUAAGCAUAGAGGGUUUUUAAUUUAUUUAUCUGGAAAUGUUAUCAUGUUUAUUGGCUUUUUUGCACCUAUUGUUUUUCUUGCACCCUAUGCAAAGCAUAUGGGUAUUGAUCAGUAUUCAUCUGCUUUUUUGCUAUCUAUCCUAGCUUUUGUAGAUAUGGUUGCUAGACCAACAAUGGGAAUGGUUGCAAACACUAAAUUUAUACGUCCCAGAAUUCAAUAUUUUUUCAGCUUUGCGAUUUUGUAUAAUGGAAUCUGCCAUAUAUUAUGUCCAUUGGCCAAUGAUUAUACAGGCCUAGUGAUUUAUGCUGUGUUUUUUGGAUUCGCAUUCGGAAUGGUGAGCAGUGUCCUGUUUGAGACACUAAUGGAUAUUGUAGGAGCUGCAAGAUUUUCCAGCGCUGUUGGACUUACAACAAUUGUGGAAUGUUGUCCAGUUUUGAUUGGACCUCCAUUAGGAGGUUUUUUAGUGGAUGUAACUGGAGACUAUAAAUACAUGUACUUUGCCUGUGGAGUGAUUGUGAUUGUAGCAAGUAUUUGGCUAUUUAUUGGAAAUGCCAUUAAUUACAGAAUGCUGGCAAAGGAAAAAAUGGAAACAAGUGCAAAGAAUAUAGAUGAAAAAACUGACCUGAAAGAGACCGAACCACUCAACAGCCCUGAAACUAUAGAUGUUGCUACAAAGUCAAAUAAGGUGGAUGCAAAUCAGUCUGAGAGAGAGACUAGUAUAUAAUAUCAAACAUAUUUAUUAAAGCUGAAUUUUGGUAUUGUAGUAUUUAAAGUAUUACAUGGUUGGAAUACAAUGAUAAUUAAUGACUUUAUGGGCAAACAAGAUAUCCAUAAUCAGGAUAACCAGGAAAUGAAGGGAAUGUGCAUCUUAUUGCUCUAAAAUCAAAGAAAUUGAGAAUGUGCCCUAUACAUUUUUAAUGUAUGAAAAACAGGUAUUUUCCGGACUCUAUUUUAACUUAUAUUAGUUUUAAAUACAUAUAAACUGUGUAUAUAUAUUUGCACUAAAUAUGGAAAUAGCAUUUAUCAUUUUUAUUUCCAUUUCCAGGGCAGAAAUAUGGUUGUAUUCAAUAUACAGGACAAAUAUAAUGUUCAGUGAGAGUUUUAGAAAUGGCAAGAUGUUGAAAGAACACCUUGCAUCAUAGCAAAAUAGAUUCUGUUUCACCAGGGAUUUUCACCAGUCACACACAACUGAAUUUUGGUUGAAAAUUUAUAUUGCAAUAAAUUUUUCAUGUAUUCUAUCCACGCUACAGAACACAAGAAUAACUACACAAUGUUUUACAUGUCUUUCUCUGGGAGUUAAGAACAAGUAUGCAGGUUGUGUUUGUGUCCAUAUUUAGAUCUUUCUAUGGAAAACCAUUAACUAGCAUAGUAUCAGAUACAUAAAUGGGGUGGGGGAUGGGGAAAAAGAAAUAAAAACACGCAAUUCUGUUGUGCAACAAUUGCUGUAGCUCAUUGGCUUAGGGGCUUUUGUGGAACAGCAUACAAACGUUUCAAGGGCUUCUGCCCCUUUCUUCAAAGCACUGCUUGCAAACUUAUUGAUUUUAUUGCAGAAUUUAUGCAUUGGGUGAAUCCAGGAGCAGCACUAGGACAGGUAUACUUUUUCUAAACUUUUUUUCCAAAUUGUAUUCUACACAGCCAGUAUACAUUAAUAAUCCCGUCUACUUUCAAAUAAUGGCCAUAGAAGCCUUUCUUUAUGGAUUUUAUUAAUGUUUAUUAUAAUGCAUGCUUUUUUGCAAAUUAGGGCAUGAGAAAGCUCUGUGCUGACAAACAAUGUUAUUCUUGUGUCUUUGAUCAAGGAAAAAAUAAGGCAGAAUCUCCCUGUGCACUGAUCUUAUACACUGCAGCUUUUAUAUGCUCCUGUAUUACACUAACAAAGAAGAUAUUUUGUGAA